AUGAACUACUCUAACAAAGUGGCAUGUCCGCUUUUCGAUUCAUCAGAGAUUGGCUUCAAGGCACCUACCCAUGAUGAUAACUCGACGCGUGGGGUGUUCCACUGUACGAGACAUACCCUUGAGCUACUCGAAAUGGCCACGUGUUUAGCAAAACCUACAAAAUUCUUGAAUAUCUCCUGUGACCCAAACAUUUGGUCUUCCCUCCACAACGGAACUCCUUUGGACGGUGCUAAGAAUAUUACAUUGUUGCAUACGCUUCCUAGCAUGAACGAAUCGACCCUCAGCAGCAUUGAGGAGGAGGAUUCCACCUACAAUGAAUCGGAUGAGCUGCCGCCGACGUCACCAGAGUCUCUGGAGAUCGCCAUCUACCCUGCAAAGACUCGUCACCACAUCCCUGUGAAGGGUCUGUUUCAUGUGCCUGCUGGGUCCAGGUUCUUUGUCGUGAAGUCCUUCAGCGCCGAGGACGUGGAGGCUUCUUUGAAGUACAACAUUUGGACUUCGACAAAUUUAGGUAAUAAGAGACUAAACAAGGCCUACGAGGAGAAGGAAGACGCCUCCGUGUUCCUCUUUUUCAGUGUGAACGGGUCAAUGAAGUUUAGUGGUGUAGCCAAAAUGGAGGACAAAGUUGACUUUUCCAGCACCAGCAACGUAUGGGCAGAAGAGUCGCGUUGGACCAGUGUGUUCCCAGUGUCGUGGUUGGUCGUCAAAGACGUGCCCAACCGCAAGCUAAAACACUUGCUUAUCCCCAAGAACGAGAACAAGCCGGUGACAAACUCGAGAGACACUCAAGAGGUGCCCUUGAACGUAGCUCUUGAGAUGCUUGAGAUUUUUUUGGAGUGA